AUGACAUCCGAAGCUGACUUUCAGCUAUUCACAUCCAUCCGCUAUGACCCACUGCUACUUGAGUCUGAAGAGAACUCUCGAUCAGACUUGAACUUCAUCACUCCUUCGCCCUUCUACAUGCUUGCAUACCACCGUGGCCGCAUGCUAGAAGCAGCCCAACAUUUCGACUUCGACGCCGUAGCAGAGCGCUUGCAAGACGGUCACGCCCUACAUGAAGAACUUCUCAAAAGAGUCAAAGCCUGGCAAAGCACGAACCCCUCAGAAACCGGCCCCCUCAAACUCCGCAUCCUCUUCGACAAAUCCGCCACCAUGACCGUCGACUUCAUCUCCGUCCCUCCCGUCCCCCUCUCAACCCUCUACCCGCCAUCCUUCGACCCGCCGAACCCCUCUCCCCCAGCCCCCCAUCCCGCAAACACAUUCACGCCCUCGCCCCUGACUGGGGGUGCCCUUUCCCUCGGAUCAUCAGACACCCUCCCAUCCGUCCCCAAUCCUCCAGAAUGGACCCUCAAACUCGACACACAACCAACCCCCUCUUCCUCAUUCACCCUCCUCAAAACCACAAUGCGCGAAAUGUACAACGACGCGCGCGCCCGUGCUCUCCCCGCCAACCCCGCUGCCCCGGGGCAGGUUGAAGUCAUGCUCUUCAACGACGUCGACGAACUCACAGAGGGCACGUACACGUCGCUGUACUUCUACCGGGGCGGGAGAUGGGUCACACCACCGGUGGGUGUGCCGUCGGCGUUCAAGCCGUCGAGUCAGGACGGGGAGCAGGAUGAGGGAGAACUGCGCGUGCCGUUCCCGGGACGCUGGGGACAUUCGGUGAGGAGCAAGAAGGUGGGUGCGGGCGGGCAGAGGGGCACGAGUCGGCGGUGGGCUUUGGGCAAGGGGUUUUGCAUGGAGGAGCCUAUUAGCAUUGACACGAUUGAGGUUGGGGAGGGGGUGUGGGUUAGUAGUGGUGUUCGAGGGUUUGGUUUCGGUCGGGUCGUUGCUUGA